AUGGCCGCCGUCCACCGCCGAUCACGAUCAACCACGUCCAUGUCGACCAGAAGCAACCGACCGCCAUCGCGCGCCUCGACGACGAGUGUGCAUUCUUUUGAGCAAUUUUCCCAGCAAUCGCAACCACCGCGACCGACCCACUACCAGCAUCAGCCACACCAGCAGCAGCAACAUCAAUAUACCCAAGCCUUCACCAGCGAGCCGCUACAACCCGCCCUGUUGCAGGCCGCGCAGCAUGUCAGUGCACAGGACAAUCUCAUCAACAUGUCGCUGGAGAGCGUGCAGCAGUAUCUCGGCUACCCGUCAGAGCCAACUCCAAACGCGUCCCAAUCCAACGGUCUGCCUGCCACGCCCAUGGACGCACACGCAUAUCACAACUCCAUGUCCCAACAAUCGCAAGCCCAGCAGUUCAUGGCACCACACAUCGACGCGGAAGAAAAGAAGAAGAAGAGUUCUGCGUCGGGAAGCGCGACGAACGACAAGGAACUGCGACAGAUGCUUCAGCAGAACGAGGGUCGCAAGCUGAAAGACGUUGCUGCCGAGGUUAUCCAGACGGACAGGACAUCAAAGGCGGAAAAGUCGAAGCAGCUCUUCGCCAUGCUCUGGUUGCGCUCUGUUUGCCGUCUUGCAAAGACGUCUGUCCCACGCAAUCGCGUCUACUCCAAGUACGCGGAACGCUGUGGUACCGAGCGAGUCAUCCCCCUCAACCCAGCCUCUUUUGGGAAGCUUGUUCGGGUCAUCUUCCCCGGCAUCCAGACUAGACGCCUCGGUGUACGCGGAGAGUCCAAGUACCACUACGUCGAUCUGGCCCUCAUCAAUGACUUGGACGACGUGGAGGAGCUAAGCCGGCCAAGCACAGGCGCCAUGACACACCAUACGAUGAAGCGCCCGCAGUCAACAGGCCCCAGGCUCGACUUCAGCUCCCUGCCACGGCUACCUGCAGACAAUGCACCAUUCCCACCCCGCGACACUGGCCUGGAAUCUCUGAACAGCAACUACGCCCCCGCAGGCUCGAAGGGUUUACUAUUCACCGAUAUAUACUCUAAUCAUUUCCAGCCCUCCAACGCCCGCACAAGAACAGCCUACGAACACGAGCUCAGAUUUCCUACGCCAGAGGUUCUCGGCUCGCCAGACGCGUUGCAAAUAGAGCUUCCCGACAUCACACCAUAUCUGCCAGCGCGGACAGAUCCAGACUCGGCUGACAAUCUGGUGGCAAUGUACCGCUCGCACGUAACCUCGCUAGUCGACUCGGUGCGCUUCUGCAAGGAGAAACAAUUCUUCCGCCUUUUUGGCACGUUUCAUGGCACGUUAACGGUACCGGUCCAGAAGCUCUUCGCAGCGCCCGAGCUAGCCCCAUGGAUCAAGGAGUGCGACUGGUUGAUGUACCAAAAGAUGAUUCGUAACGUGUCGCAGCUGGUCCUGCAGGUUGCGCCUCCGCCUGUCCUUCGAUUCCUCGACAACGUCGCUAAAACGCUACAUGCACACAUCAGCAAGCUGUUUCAGCCACUGCCGGUCCAUGUCCUUGAGGCAAAGCUAGAGCCAGCAACAUUGUACGCUCAUCUCCUGCGUCAGAUGCUGCGGGUCAACUCAACAGCACACGCCGCCGCCGUCAUGCUUACCACGGACAACCACCGUACGCAAAUGUAUGCCGACUGGCUCCAGCAUGUCAACCUGAAGCGAAUCAUUGCGAACGAGCUACCAGAGUCAUGCGCCCACGAGGAGGUGUACAACAUCCUGACAACCGAAAUUCGAUCCAUGCUUGGCCCUAUUCCGCAAGACAUUCAGCUCCCCAACGGCACCGUUUAUCGAGCGCAAUCCCCCGAUCCUCCCGCCGACCCCAACGAGUCGGUCAUCGAUCGCAUAGCCAGUUUCCUGACCAAGCUUCCGUUCCGCUUUCCCAACGCGCCCGCCCGCACAAUACUACACUGCGUUAACUCGCUUGGAGCAGCGGCUCUACGAGAGAUCACAGUUGAGAAUGGAGUCAGCUUCCAAGGAUGGUGGCUGACGAAGGUUUUUGUGGACGAGAUGGCACAAUGGUUAGCGUCGCUGGGAGGAUUUCUUGGACACAGCCCACCAAACUGGAACUCGCCUACAUUAUCGCCUGGAGUGGAUGAGUCUGUCAAUAAUGGCUUGACCAAUGGUGGUAGCGGGAGCAACAACGACAGCAGAUAUAGCAGCAUAGAAGCUGACUUUGGUCCCGAUCAGUCCUUCAUGUCGACGACCAGCAACGUCACCAUGCAGGACCCCGGGGCCGCAUGCUCAGUCAAUGCUGGACGCCUUUCUCAACAGUACGAACCGAUGAGCUUCAACUUCGACUACGACCUGCACGCGGGUCAGCAAGAAUCGAAUCUCGACGAUAGCGGCAUCGGCAUGCUCGACGACGGUAUCGACGCCAAGUUUGCAAGUAAAAUGCAGCAGAGUCUCAAGCACCACCUGGCGCAACAACAACGACACUCUGCAGGAGUCAGCUAG